ACCAAGGAACCCUUCAAAUCAAAAAUUUGAAGUAGUUAAUUUCUUAAUUUUAUUCACGCAUUAAAUCUUUAAGUGAAGUAAGAAAAUGUUGCAUUCUAAGGCAACUGCAGCGCUGAUGCGUUUGAAAGAAAUCGAUAAAAAAUAUAAAAUGAGAAAAGAGGAAAAGUACAUGAUGAACUCGAGUACGGAAAGUGCAUUGACAAGUCCAUCGAUGGAACAUUCUAUAAAAGAGAAAAAAAAAUCGAAUAAUCUUAAAAUUCCUUUAAAAUCUAAACUCGACGUGAGAAUGCCAAAGACACAUGUAGAAACAGAAGAUAUAGAAGAAGAAUAUAUAUCACGAUCUACAACAAAUGAUAAAGUUUCUUCGAUUAUCGUGAUUGACGUAGAAAAAAAUUCGCCAAAAAACAUAGACCAAGAAUUUUCUAAUAACACAUCUUCGUUGAUCGAAACCAAUGAGAUUAUUUCAACGAAAUCUGAAGAAAAAGUAGUUUCUAAUAGUGAUAAAAACGAAAGUAUUGAAAUCGAAGAAAAUAAAGAAGAAGUGUCAGAAAAAGAAAUUAAAAUGGAUAAUGAAGAUAAAGAGAUUAUUGUUGAAGUUUCACAAGUUGAUAGGGAAUACAGUACUUCGAAAAUUUUAUCAGAAAUAGAAGAAUUUGAGUCGUUGCCUGUUGAGCAAGCAGUAAGCUAUGUCAAUGAUACUUUCGAAGAAGCAUCGAGUACGAUAUUAUCAACGAUGAAGUCUAACGAUGAUCAGGUAUCCACGAAUGAGUUGUCUAAUUCAGAGGAUGAGGAAGAGAAAAUUGUAGAUGAGGAUAUGAGAUCUGGCGUGAAGAAAGUUGAUAUUAUAUCUAACAAGGAUUUUAUACGUGAACAACAGGAAACAGAUAAUUCAGGUGAAAAACAGAUCGUCGAGUUGGUACCACCGAAGUUAAUAGAAAAUACCAGUGAAUGUGAAAUCGGUCUUAAUAAAGAAUUAUCGAAUUACGUUAAAACGAUCGAAAGUAUCGAAGGAGAUAUAAGCGACAUUACUCCUGUUCAAUUAUUGAGAUCGUCGAAACAAACGGAGAUAUCUCUGCGAAGUCGUAGAAAAAAAUAUAAACGUCGUCCAGUAACAACGAAGGAUGAUAACAAAGAUUCUUCUAAGAGUGAUAAGACAGAAUCGUUAGCUACAUCAAAGAGUAAUCGUCGAUCUCUAAACUUGACGUUGAUAAAUGAUAUUAAAAAAAUAGAUAAUUCUUUAGAUGACAAACCGAUUCUUCAUGAAAAUAAAGAACAACGAAAUGUCGAUGAUAAAAGGAAGAAAUUAUCUGAUAAAGAUAAAGAUUCUAACAUUAUAAGGAUCUUUUCUAAUAAUGAUCGUUUUCAUCCAAUGGAUAAUAAUCUACGAUCUAUGCAGACUAAACGAAAAAAGAAAAGGACGAAAUCACAUACUUUUCAUAGAUCUUCAAGAAUCGAUAAGACAACAGAUUUUAACGAAAAGAAAUUCUCUAGAUUCGACAUCAAACAAAUGUAUCGUCUUCGAAAACAAAUAUCGAAACUUGUUGGUGAACUUCGUUUUUACGAUAAUCCUUCUUCUAAGAAAUUAGAUCCAGUUUUGUUCAAACCUCUCGAUUUUCCAAAUAUUGUCAACUAUACUCGUCCUGAUACGAAUUUUGAAUUAACGAAAAUAGAUCCUUACGUCGGACUUCACGAGAAACUUGCUACGAUAAAACAAUGGCUCAAAGAUCAAUACAUUUUCUAUCAAGUUCGUAGUAACUUAGUACAGAUAAUUAACGAGAAAUACGUUCCUAUGAGUCUUGAAGAUGCAAAGACAGUGAGUCUUCUCAUUACCAUAAUCAAUUAUUUAACUAAUCUCACCAUGAUAAAUAAUUUUGAAAUUCCAGGUAAUACGUCAAUUACAAAAAACAAAAGUCGAAGCGAGAUAACGAUUAUCGUGACAAAAUAUUUAUGUAGCUCAAGAGAAAGACUUAAUGAUUCAUAAAUAUGAUUUACGUUUCCUUAGUGAGAGAAUUAAUUUUUUUAUUUUCUUAUGGAGUGUCUAUAUAUAUAUAUAUAUUUUUUUUUUUUAAUCUAUACAUUAUAAUCAUUAUGUUUUACUGACAGAUAAUAAAAUAUCAUUGAGUAUAAAAAAAAAACAGAUUUUACUAUAAAAUUUAAUAUCAUAGUAUAAAGUAUAUCGUCACGUAUAUCAACUUUAUACGACUAGAUGUAAAAAUUUAUGCCUUUUGAUGAGCUUCGAUCAAUGAGAGUCUACCUUUGCUAGAAUUCAUCGGACCAAGCCGAUAUGCACGUGCGUAUAACG